AUGGCAGCGCUGUUUAGGUGAAGCUGAGGGGCACUGAAAAGUCAUUCUCAUUUUGAGUGGAGAUCACAACAUACAAAAGCUGUCCAACACCGUGAACCAGGAUCAGGAUUUAAUUUUGAGUUCACUGAACAGCUGAAAGAAUUUCAAGCUACUGCUCGUAAAUUUGCUAGGGAAGAAAUAAUCCCAGUUGCUGCAGAAUAUGAUAAGACUGGCCAGUACCCUGUCCCACUAAUUAAAAGAGCCUGGGAACUUGGUUUACUUAAUACACACAUUCCAGAAAGUUGUGGAGGCCUUGGAUUUGGAGCUUUUGAUAGCUUUUUAAUUACUGAAGAAUUGGCUUAUGGAUGUACAGGAAUUCAGACUGCUCUGGAAGCAAAGUCUCUGGGGCAAAUGCCUGUUAUUAUUGCUGGAAAUAACCAACAAAAAAAGAAAUAUUUGGGGAGAAUGACUGAGGAGCCACUGAUGUGUGCCUACUGUGUAACAGAACCUGGAGCAGGCUCUGAUGUAGCUGCUAUAAAGACCAAAGCAGAAAAGAAAGGAGAUGAAUAUAUUAUUAAUGGUCAGAAGAUGUGGAUAACCAAUGGAAGAAAAGCUAGUUGGUAUUUUUUAUUUGCUCAUACUGAUCUGGAUCCUAAGGCUUCUCCUGGUAAAGGCUUUACUGGAUUUAUUGUGGAAGCAGACACCCCAGGAAUACACAUUGCAAGAAAGGAAUUAAAUACGGGUCAGCGAUGUUCAGAUACAAGAGGAAUUGUCUUUGAAGAUGUGAGAGUGCCUAAGGAAAAUGUUUUAAUGGGUGAGGGAGCUGGUUUCAAAAUUGCAAUGGGAGCUUUCGAUAGAACUAGACCUCUAGUAGCAGCUGGUGCUGUGGGUCUAGCACAAAGAGCUUUGGGUGAAGCUACCAAGUAUGCCCUGGAGAGGAAGACUUUGGGGAAGCUGCUUGUAGAGCACCAAGGAAUAUCAUUUUUGCUGGCUGACAUGGCAAUGAAAGUUGAACUAGCUAGACUGAGUUACCUGAGAGCAGCUUGGGAGGUUGAUUCUGGUCGCCGAAAUACCUAUUACGCCUCUAUUGCAAAGCUAUAUGCUGGAGAUAUUGCAAAUCAGGUAGCUACUGAUGCUGUUCAGAUUUUCGGAGGCAGUGGAUAUAAUACAGAACAUCCUGUAGAAAAACUAAUGAGGGAUGCCAAGAUCUAUCAGAUUUAUGAAGGUACAGCACAAAUUCAAAGGCUUAUUAUAGCCCGUGAACACAUUAGCAAGUAUAAAAAUUAACCAGAUCACCAUUGUUAAUAAUUGUGGAGUAAUUAGAACAUGAUCUACUAUUUACACUCUGGGAAAGAGAAAGGGCUUU